AUGAUAAAAACGGGAUCUAUUACAGUAUGCAUUGAUGCUUCAAAACAACGAUUUGGCUUUAUCCCGGAAGAAAGCUCGCCGAAACGCGUGGAAAAGGCAGUAGAAGCUGAACAAGGCUCCGGAAAGCCAGAAGAAGAUCUAUGGCAAAACUCCAACCUGCACGCCGGAAAUCACUGGGGUUUCGAUCCGGACGAGUUGAGCGAGGACGAGCAGACCCUACUAGAACGUUACCGAGCCGGUCAGUUGUCUUCUCAGCAGGCCGGGCAACUCAGGGCAACAACCCCGCAACCCGAGCAACAAGAUCCAAACCGCCGCGGCCUUCUAAAGGACGUGGGCGAUGUGAACGUCGGGUUUGGGGUCGGUGUCGGGCCGUACGCCAGCGUCAGCAGCGCGGUGGGGGUGCAGCUCGGCGGCUCCGGGCCGGCCGGUGGCCUUCCGGAUGCCCUCGGUUAUGAUAUCUUUCCUCGUCAGGGUGAGCGAUGGACCAUGGACGACUACACGGGCAAUAAGGACAACAUUGUGCCGGAUCGUUGGCGACGCUACUGGGAGGCUGUUAGCGAGGGUCGUGCUUCGCCACCACCCCGCUAUACACACAAAGACCUCGUUGGCGUCAACGGGAACGUCGGAAUUGGCUUGCCAGCGCCG